AUGACCUCGACCGACACGAGAAAAACCGUGCUGAUCACCGGCUGUGCGCCAGGCGGAAUCGGCCAUGCUCUCAGUCUGGCAUUCCACUCAAAAGGAUUGCGUGUGUUUGCGACAGCCCGCUCGACGAGCCAAUUGACCAGCCUGUCCGAAAAAGGCAUAGAGACACUUCCACUGGUAGUGGACGACGACGAGUCGAUCCUCUCAUGUGUCGCCAGCGUCGAGAAGUUAACUGGUGGUCGUGGUCUUGAUUAUCUGGUCAACAACGCAGGUGUAUCAUAUGUCAUGCCAGCACUAGACAUCGACCUCGCCGAGGCCAAGCGAAUCUUCGACGUCAACGUCUUCGCCGUAAUGCGGUUAUGUCAAGUAUUCGCACCCUUACUUAUCUUGGCUCAGGGCACGAUCGUCAUGACAGGCAGUCUGGCCGGCGUGAUCCCAUACGUCUUUGGGAGCGUAUACAAUGCAUCCAAGGCGGCAUUGCAUGCAUAUGCCAACACGCUGCGGGUCGAGAUGGCCCCGCUGGGCGUCAAAGUCAUCACUGUUGUCACCGGGGGAGUGAAAUCCAGAAUCAACGCACACGUCACCCGCGUCUUGCCGGACCAAAGCGUCUACUCGCCCGUCGAGCAGGAUUAUCUGCGUCGUCAGGGCCAUUCCCAAGAAGGUGCCAUGCCCGCCGAAGCAUAUGCCGAGAGUGUGGUCAGACAGGUCCUCCCUGGUGCUGGGCCUUGGCCGUGGAGGUGGCUGUUGCGAGAAGCGAGAAGGAACUGGAUCUGGGAGGGCAAUAAGAGUUGGUUGGUUUACUGGCUUGCUGGCGGAUAUACUUGGUCGGGUGUUUUUGACUGGUAUUUCUUGCGGAUCUUUCAGUUGUGGAAAGUUAAACGCAACAACAACGAGAAACAGAAGACGUCGUAA